AUGUUCGAUUUUUCGCAGCACGACGACGUCUGGGUCAUAUUGACCCCAACAUUCUACUAUCCUGCCAUACCGGCCGGAUUGCACAAGUGCAUUUUUGUGUUGCUGCCCUUGGGUGUGAAUUCUUCACAGAUCUUUUGUCAUUGUGGUGACUUACUGCCGGCGGUUUGGAGUUUUUUGCAUCUGGCUGUUUCGUGGAGGAUCGCUGUUGCUGCUGGUUGGAGACAAUUGUUGCUGCUGGAGAUUUGCUGUUGCUGUUGUUGGGAGUUGCCUUAUUUUCAUCGGUUCUGCUACUGCUGCGGUAGCGGCUGUGUGCUUUCACUGAUACCUUUGGCGUUCAGGUCAGGUGAACGAAGCAGCGAUCAGAUUUCUUUGGGUGGACGGAUCAUUUCGGCGCAUAAACGCCAGCUCAAGAUCCCGACGGACUCUCGCCGGCAAUCAGCUAGACGUUUUGUUUUCAAUGGAGAGAGUCCCAGCACAGCAGUCCAACCCUGCAGCAGCAACAAUGCAAAUUCGAACAACAACAAGCGUAAGAGGGAUGACGACGGUGAGUCUGAGGAUUCGGACUCGGAUUUUUACGGUUUUGCGGCCGAUUCUUUCCUUUUUGGGGAGGAGAAUGUCUCUGCAAGAGAUUUUUGGGCCAAUCAAGAUGCCGUGAUGUCUGAUCCGAGGUCCGACCGAGAUGAAGUCACCGGAAGCGCGCCUGCUUUAGAAAUGGAAACACAUGUUGGUUUGAGCGACCUACCAGUGAAAAGACGAAGCAAACGUAGUACAAAGAAGCGAAGAAAAGAUGACUAUAUGUAUUAUUGAAUUACUUUUGAGAUCCUUUAUUUUUUGAGUUUAAAACUAAUUAAAUGAAUUUGUGAACUUUCAAAAUUUGAAUGGCGUAAAUCUCGAUGUUAAGAAACAUAGUAGGAAGAGCUGAAAAAUGAUUGAAGUAUUUUCUCAAGGGGAAAGAAGUUGUAGCAUUCGGUAAAAUAGCGCAACCCGCAGGUUGGGUGCUCAGAGUUGAUCAAGAGAGAUGAGAGAGAUUUACUUCAGGGGUCUGCGCUUGUAAAUGAUUAGGAAGUAAUAAAUCAGUUAUGUUCUGACUACGAACCAAAGCGGUCUUAUUAUUGGUGUACCGAGAAACCCUAUUUCCCGAGUUAAAACAAGUU